UGUAUAACUCGGAGUCUCGUGCACCCUUCCUAGUGCACUUGGUGAUAAGACCGGAGGUGAUUUGGGCUGAACCGCUGAGCUUUGUGCCUGUCGUGGACUCUGGAGCUGAAUCUCUGCGUGUGAAUAUGGACGGUCGUGGAUAUGGAUCAGGUUUCUCUAGCUGGGGUGGAGGAGGAGGAGGAUCUUCCAGCAGAGGAUCUGGCAACUAUGACCUGUAUGGCUAUAAGGACUCCAUGUCUGGUGGAUAUGGUGGAGGACAGAUGAAGAGAGGUCUGUCUGGUUCUCUUCUCUCCUCCACUGGGGGCAAUGCCGAUGACGUGAUCGCUAAGAUCAACCAGCGGCUGGACAUGCUAACACAGUUAGAGGGAGGGAUGAAAGGAGGGGGUCGGAGCGACAGGUUUGACCAGUACGAGUCUUUCGACUCGCGCUCCUCUGCCCUUGGCCCCCGCGAUCUCUACAGAUCUGGUAACCUUGUAUUUGGUGACUCCCGGGGCGACAUGAUGGCCCAGCGUGGAGGCAUGGGCUUUGGGGCGAUGGGUGGAGCUGGAGGGGGUGGUGGCUUUGGCGGCUCUGCCUCCCACGGAAACGCCAAAAUGCGGCAAGCUCGAGAUGCUUUCUCAGGCUCCGGCUGGGGUGCGGGACAGAGGUCCCAGCACAGGGGCGGAGGGCCGGGCGGGCGCGGCUUUGGCCGUAGGCAGGAUUCCUCUAUGAUGGGUGGAGGUGGGCGGAGUGGGGGGCAAGGCCACUCCCCCUCAGGGCGAGGCAAGCUGCCGUCGCUCCUGAGCCACCGCAUGUACCCCGAAAGUGGGGGGUUCCAGCCUCAUCAUGGCUCCCAGGACUAUCCUGUCCGGCACUUUGGAGGGGGCAAAAACCUCAACCGACAACGCACCCGCAAGAGACCCCUCAACCGACAGCCUGUAAAACCUCAGCGUGAUGGACAGAAGAAGAGGAAACAGACCCCAACUACAGCUGAUGAGCCUGAGUCGAAAAUGGGAAAGACCGAGUCUGAAGGAGACGAUAAAGCUGAUAAGGCGAAAGCAGCAGAACCGAAAGAAGAGAAGAAAGAUGACGCAACUCCAACCACUCAGGAGUCUGAACCUGUGGCUGAAGGAGAGAGUGCUGAUCCCUCAGCUAAAGGAGAUUCACCUCAGUCAUCGUCAAGGCAGCAGGGGAAACAGACUCCGCCCUCCACUUCCAAACUUAGAAAGAGGCGGGGCUUCUUUGAAAGUCGCGCCAUUUCCAGGGUGACGUUUGCGUGCUCCGUCUGCAAGUUCCGCUCCUUCUAUAGCGAGGAUUUAACUGCUCACCUGGAGAGCAAAUUCCACAAAGAUCACUUCAGGUUCCUCUCCAGCCAGCUGUCCAAACCAACCACCGAGUUCCUGCAGGAAUAUAUAAAUGAUAAACAUAAGAAGACGGAUCAGAGAAUCGGUCAGCUGGAAAACCACAGUGCCACCAUCUGUCAGGUGUUAAGAGAGCAGGAUCUGACCAGAGACAUUGGUAUGGAGCACUUCAUGAAGAAGGUUGAGGCAGCCUACUGUUCAGCGUGUGAUCUCUACAUCCCCAUGCAGUUCUUACUCAUCCAGAAGCACCUCAAAUCUCCUGAGCACAACUACAACCGCAAGGGGAUGAUGGAGCAGUCAAAGAGGUCGAGUCUGUCCGUGGCCAGGAGCAUCCUCAACCACAAGGUCAUCGGCAAGAAGCUGGAGAGCUACCUGAAGGGAGAAAAUCCCUUCACUGACAACCAGGAUGACCAGGACCCUGAAGACUCCAUGAUGGAGGUGUCUGAGGGUGAUCCCGAACUGAAACAGGAAGAAAACCCACCAGGUGAGGCCGAGCUUCCAGACACAGUGGGAGAACCUGGAGCGGUGGGAAAUGGUGAUGGACAUGAAGAGGAAAUGAAGAUGGAGGAAGGUGAAGGAGGGGAGGUGGAAGGUGAGAGAGGAGAGGAGGAAGGUGUGGAAGCAGCUGAGGAGGAUGGAGGAGUGGAAGUUAAGGAGGAGGAGGAGGAGGAGAAGGAACCUGAAGGAGAUGAGGAACCUAAGGCUGUUGAUGAUGCAGAAACCCUCCUGCAGGGGGCAGAUGAUGACUGUGGAAUACCCGUGAUUGAGGAUUAGCCACAGAGUGCUGCUUCUCCGAGGCUGACCCAGGACCAGCUGGACUGUUCGAGUGUCCUGUCCCGCUGAUCAGUGAGAGCAGUUUUAAAUCCGUCGUCGUUUGGCUAGCCGAGGCCACAUGCUGAUCCUGGAACAGUCCUGUGUGUUCUAAUUGAUUAUAAGUCUGACCCACGUGGUCAUAUCGCUGUCACUGUCUGGACCAAUAAAAAUCAGCACUCUGUCUUUAGCCAAUCAGAUUUGAGCUGUGUUUCUAUGAUGUCUGUAAAUCUCCUCUCUGCACAGUUAGCAUGUUCUGCGUUUAACAGGGCCGCUCUCCCGUGCUCAUUCACACACUUCCUUUUUCUCUGUUCGUUUCUUUUAGCUUUUUAUUUAGGACAUGUGAUGCUGAAGAGGGAAACUCUGGAAGAUUUCAAACCAUUUGUUUUUGCCUUUAGCUGAAAAUAAUAAAUGUUUAAAAAAAAAAAAAGAAAUUUCUCUGGUGUAAGUUAAUUUGCAGUGUGAGUUAAAGAGACAGAUCUGAUUAACCUUACUGCUGGUCACUUCACUUCCUUCAGUUCAAGUCUUUCUGGUUCUCCCACUGGCCACUUCUUUUUUUUUUUUUUUGUUAAGGUUACUUUAUUUUUUCUCAGUUGUGUUUUAGUGGUUCCUUCAUUCCAUGUCUCUGUUUCUGUGUGUGUGACUAACCGCUCUAAUGACUCGGAGACUUAUCAUAUCCUCUACAGCAGUAGCUUUGGCUUUGAGUUUCUAGAAAACUAGCAUCAUUAAAUCUGUUGUGGAUCAGUGAGUUGACUCUGAAUCGACACUUUAAAACCUUUCAGUGAGUUGACUCUCCAUCUGAAGAGGUCUGGUGAUGGACCACUGCAGUAAUAAUGGUCUGAAAUGAUCGAGUUGAUUUCCAGACUGACCACAGGGUGAUUCACAGUGAAAUGAGUGUUUCUCCAGGACCCUUGUACUACAUAGACAACACAGAGCAAGGGACAGAAAGUUUGUCCUAGUUAUAUUAAGUGCAAUGUGUGCAAACAGUAUAGGACAGAAGACGGUGGAGAAACAGAAAAUACAGAAACCAACAUGA